GGCGGGAUUCUUCACUAAAACACUGCUGAUGCAUCUGCUCGAGCACAGUUGGCGAAGACAGCUGUGAGCUGAGAAUCUGCACGAGACGACAGUGUAGUAAACAGGAUGAGGAAGGUAGUCCAGUUGUUUGGUUUAUGGAGUCUUCUCUCCCUCUCGCAUGCUCAGUUGACAGAUGCAGUGGAUCCUGAAGGUGAGGAAGAGGUGGUUGAACUUUUUACCACGCCACGCACCAAGCUGGCUGCUGCAACCUCUGAUUUUGGCUACAACCUGUUCCGUCAACUGGCAGCACGUGACCCCAAGGCCAGCGUCUUCCUGUCCCCCAUGAGUAUCUCAGCAGCAUUCACGCAGCUUUCAAUGGGGGCAUCUGAACAGGCAGAGAAACAGAUUUACAGAGCCCUACGCUAUCACACCCUGCAAGACAGUCAGCUCCAUGAUACCCUGAGAGACCUUCUUUCCUCACUCAGGGCAUCUGCCAAGGGCUUCAAGUCAGCAGAACGGAUCCUUUUGGCUAGAAAACUACGCCUUAGGCUGGAAUACCUCAACAGUGUAGAGAAGCAAUAUGGAGUCCGGCCUCAAACUCUUGCGGGUGGAGCACGGGACCUCAAGACUGUUAAUGAUUGGUUUAAACAGCAGACUGGUGGAAAAGUGGAACAAGUUGUUCCUUCCCCUCUUUCUCGUAACACAGCUGUGCUGCCUGUGGGAGCAGCCUUUUUCAAGGGUAAAUGGAUAACUAGGUUCAGCAAAGCUAAUAAGAUGGAGGACUUCCAGAGAGAUGGAGAAGCGCCAACUCUCAUUCCCAUGAUGGAGCAGGAGAAUUACCCUGUGAAGAUGGGUAUUGACCCUGACCUUGGCUGCACGAUAGCCCAGGUUCCUAUGGAGGACGGAGUGAGCAUGUAUUUCUUCUUGCCCGAUGAGGUGACUCAGAAUCUGACUCUAAUAGAGGAAGCACUUACAGCUGAAUUUGUCCAGGACCUCUCCAAUACCCUCCAUGCAGUGCAGGUGCUGCUUACACUUCCUGUUAUCAACCUCAGCUACAAGACAGACCUGCUGCCUUCCCUCUCUGACCUGGGUCUGUCUGAAUGGUUGGCAGAGACGGACCUUGUCAAAAUCACCAGUCAGCCUGUCAAGUUAAAUGGCGUCCAUCAUAAGGUUGUCAUGGAGACGGCUCCAGAGGGUGCAGAGUAUGCAAGCACCACCCCCACUGCCAAAGGCCAAUCGCUGGCUCUUACAUACCGCGUGGACCGGCCUUUCCUCUUUCUAGUCAGGGAUGAGCCAUCAGGGGCACUUCUCUUCAUUGGAAAAGUGCUGAACCCAAGUGACCUGAAAAGGGUAUGAGACAGACGCACAUACAUUCACAAAUACAAACAAAUGAGAGACCAGUGACUUUAUAUGAGCUCAUUUUAAGCCCAAGUCUACUAAUGAAAAAUAAAUAUUUUACAUAUCUUCAUUUACAAUGCUAUUUAGAGCAAAACCAUCAGAGCCCAUUGACAUUUUCAGCAUGCUUAUGCAAUAUAAACUUGAAUAUUAGUAUGUGUACACAUUCACAGUCAAGCUAUACUUAUGAUAAUAAAGUCUGCUUGUGCUUUUCAUUAAGGAUAUUUUAUGGAUCGACUCAGAUGUUCUGGAUCUUAGCCAUGCAAUCUAAAUUAGCUUUGAUGCAUAACAACUUGACGCUCAUAAAUCUGACUAACUUUUCACGUUUGCAAAAAAAUUCCUCGGGGAUUAACAGCUGCUAUAUUAAUUAUGAAAUUGAGUAUGCAUCUCAAAAGCAUGUUGUAAUAGCAAUCAUCUUUUUUUUUUAAAUAACUUUUUAUUUGAGUGUUUGAUACAUUUGCCUUAUGACUUUAAUUAGCAGUCUCUCAGCAAUGUUCCCAUAUGUACAUUUACUACCAGCAAGAUUGUUCUCAAUGUGUAUAUUAUGUCGGCUAAAAUAAAAAAGUAAAAAAAAAAAAAAAAAAAGAAA